AUGGGAGAUUUUAAUGUUGUUAAGGGAGCAUACGAACGUCUCAGUGUGGCUGCCCCUAAUUGGACCUUCUGUGCCAAGUUUUGUUUGAUUAUUGAUGAGACCAAUUUCAUUGAAUCUCCGACUAAUGGUCUUGUUUCACUUGGUCGAGUAGAAGAUUUUUGCCAAGGCUUUGCGGAUUUAUGGUCCUCGGUGGUCACCUCGAUUCUUCCAAGAUUGACCUCAGACCAUUCCCCUCUAGUGCUUCAAUGCAAGCUAUCAUCGCCUGCUUUGGGUCGUCGACCUUUCCAGUUCCUCAAUAUGUGGACGCUCCAUCCCACAUUCACCGAGAUGGUGUUUAAUUCCUGGUCGGGCACUGUCAGUUCCGCCUGCCCCAUUCUGAAAGUGAUGUUAAAGCUCAAGCGCCUGCGUUCGGACAUGGGGAGCUGGAAUAAGGAGGUUUUUGACGAAGAUAGAAAUACGUCUUUUUUCCACAGCUUAACUAAAUUCAAGAAGAAGAAUUCCAUCAUUACUCGUCUAAACAUCGAUGGGGAGGAGGUCUAUGACCCCAGCACUAUUGAAACGCAUAUUGUGGAUCAUUUUUCUUCUUUAUUCACCGAUGAUGGCAGCCCUCUUGCGGAUCAAUUAGAGAUUGAUGCUUAUGUUGAUCAUAAUAUCUCUGAUGAUCAGAACAAUAUUCUUAUUCGUAUUCCCGAUGAUGGGGAAAUUGCCGCCACGAUUUUCGAUAUGGAUACUAACAGCGCACCUGGGCCGGAUGGAUAUUCUGGUAUGUCUUAUUUGCCUGUUGGAUGUAACUCGAGCACGAUGAUUCUUAUCUCGAAGAAAGAGGUGAUGCACACUGUUGUGGAUCUUCGUCCUAUUGUUCUCUCUAACUUCUUUUUCAAAAUCAUUUCAAAAAUCCUUGCUUCUCGGCUCAGCGUGGUGGCGUCCACCCAUGUUUCGGCCAAUCAGUUUGGCUUCAUUAGCGGGCGUAAUAUACAUGAUUGCAUUAUGCUCAGCUCAGAGGGAUUCAACUACAUGGAGAGGACUAAUCGCGGUAAAAACAUGGCUUGCAAGAUUGACAUCAGGAUAGCCUUCGACACUAUUAGGUGGGAUUUCAUCAUUCAAGAUGUUCUGAGUAGCCUGUUCAACACCUGUGUGUCUUCUCGUCAUCUGGAUUUUCCCACACAUCUGUUAUAUGCGGAUGAUAUUAUUGUUUUCUGCAAAGCCACUGUUCGUAAUGCACGGAAAAUUCAAGAUAUCUUGGCUUACUAUGGUUCAAUUUCAGGUCAAUGUUGCAACCAGGAGAAGUUCAAUGUCUUCUUUGCUUCGAAAGUCCCCUUGGAUCAGAAAUGGCGCAUUCAAAGGAUCCUCGAAUUUUCCAUAGGCAGAUUACCUAUGAAGUACUUGGGCGUUCCCAUCUUUGUUGGUUGGCCUCGUGCAUCUUAUUUCAUGUCCAUCCACGAUCGUAUUAUGCAAAAGUUUACACGAUGGAAAGGGAUUCAGCUUUCAUUGGCUGGCCGUUUGUGCCUUGUGAGUGGAGAGCAAACUUACUUCUGGAAAGAUGACUGGUUAGGUUAUAAACUGGUGGAUAAGCUGAAAAUCCCUCACUACAUACAUGGCAUUCUCAGUUUUUCAGUGAAAGAUUACUUUUAUGAUGGUCUUUGGCACUUCUCUACUUCCUUUGUGAAUAAGUUUCCUGAGAUUGUGGCUGAAAUUCUUUUUAUACCCAUGUCCGGCAGGAGAGACACAAGAUAUUGGAAUAAUUCUGUGCGUGGAGAUGUGACGGAUGCUUUGGCGUUUGCUAGUAAUUGCGGUCAGUUCCCCAUUGGUAAAUGA